CAAGUGUGGACACCGAGGGCCUUCUUCAGCCAAUUGCCAUGGAGUUUCGGGCACAGCAGGGUUUCUGGUCGCCGACAAAAGUUCCUUGAGAGGGGGCCUCGGAGCCUUAUUCUUUUAUGACGCACCUCCUCGCUCCAUCGCACGCCAUAUAAGUUAAGCUCUAUCUAGGCAUUGAAGCAGCAGCACAGCAGCUUCAAAGCUCGUCCUUGCCAUGGCCACGGCGCCGUUCACCGCCGAAGAGGAGCUCCUCGCCAAGCUAACCGACCCGUCGAUCCCAGACGACGCAGCCACGUCUCUGCCUAACGAGCUGUCCUGUCCUGUCUUGGACGCCAUGUAUGCCCACCUCCAUAUCGUCGCCCGCAAGAGCAGCUCGCACAUUGACGCCCUCCACGAACACGUGCGCAAGGGGCGGAAGAUCCGCAUUACCGAGAAUCCCGCCCUGCACCUCGUGUGGUUCUAUGACUCCGUCUUCGUGAAACCGCUCCCGCCCCAGCUCCUGAGCUACGAGUUCUGGAACAGCAAUCUCGCGCCCCCCAGCCCUAAUCGACCGCUGGCGCUCGGAUUCGUCAGGUCGUACGCCUACCUCAUCCGCCACCGCUCCGACUUUCUCAUCGCGCAGCAGGAGAGUCUCAUCCCCGCCUCCACAACGAUGAAGCACGGCGACUUCGUCCAGUUCAUCAAGAAGUUCAAGGCUAUACCCGACGCGAGCGUGUCACGCCGGUGGCAGUUCGGCCAGUUCCGCCUGUCGCGACUGAACUGGGCCGUGCGGCUCCUGCAGCCCAGCGUGCCCGGGCACCGCGGCCUGCUGCAUCGGCUGUUCUACCAGGAGCAGUACUGGCAGACGGGACAGUUCGUGCACGAGUUUGCGGCCCCGUUGCUCUUCGCCUUCGCCACCCUCACGCUGAUUCUCGCGGCCAUGCAGGUUGUGCUGGCGGCGCGGCCUGAUGACCCGUGGCCGGCCUUCGCGGCCGUCAGCACUUGGUUCUCGGCGAUUACCAUCAUCGCUCUCCUCGUUUUGAUUGUCCUCAUCGUUACUAUACUGCUGGUGAUAUUGAUGUGUCAGAUCGGUUUCGCGGUGAGGAAUCCGCACUAGAUUUAUGAACCGACAAAGUGACAGCUCGAAAGCCUUGAUCCUGAGGGAUUAUCUAAAGAGAAUAGGUUGAGAGCCUCUUAGGCGAAACAAAGCUUAAUAACAAGCCCAACCUCAAGUAAUAAUUAUAUGACUUUGACCCAAACUUGCUCUGUCAAUAAUUAGCGCACGCUCCUGCUAGACAGUUUUGUGUGUUUCACUCUGCAAAUUAAGAAAC